AUGGGAGUAGCAGAGAAUGAGAGCAUCUCCGGCGCAGACCUCUGGUGGAUGGUUUGCAAACCCGCCCUGGCCGGCUUGUUGGACCACGCCGGAACUUACACGGCACAAGAGAAGGAGCAGCAGUUGGCCUUCUUCAAAAAGCAUGUUGCUCCUUGGCUGGGGUCACAGCCGCUGUCGGAUGAAAGUUGUGCGGUGAAUCCCAUCGACGCCAUCUCGCCGUUGGAAGCAAGCCUCAACCUCAGGUCGACCGGCAAGCCAAUAGUCCGCUACCAAUUUGAGCCAUUGAGGGCGACAAGAGAGGGGCAUGACGUCCUGGAGAAUAGAUUUGGGCUGGAUUCCGUCAAGAAGUUGCUUUUAGAAAUCGAGCCCGAGAUCCAACAUGUCGACCUGGGCUGGGCUGAGCAGUUCUGUCAAGCCCUCUUCCCUAGCAGCAUGGAGGAGAUGAAGCGCGUGCUCGAGCGGUCGCGGACCGAGCUCCCGGCUCCGUUGGACCACGCGCUCACCUUCAACAUGGCGCUCGACCUGAAGGGUGGGGGCCGUCACCUGAAGGUGUACAUGUUCCCCAUGGCUAAAAACCUCGCCACCGGCCGCGAGCGUGACGCACGAGACGCCGGCCUCGACGCCGUCCGUGGCCUGAAGCCGUACGGCGACCGCCUGACCCCUGCGGUCGACUUCCUCGACGAUUACUGGGACAGGUGCCCGGACAAGCUGACCCUGGAUAUGAUCGGCUUGGACUGCAUUGACCCGUCCAAUGCCCGUAUCAAGAUCUACGCGCACCUGUCGGAACGUAACAGCUGGCAGGUCGUACGCGACAUUGUCACUUUUGGGGGCAAGGCAACCGAUCCCGAGCGGCUGCAAAGCUUGGAUAUAUUGCAUUCUAUAUGGGACCUCCUCCGGAACGAGCACGACGGCGGCAGAGAUGAUUUCGACAAGCCCUUGCGCCAUCCAUCCUCUUUUCUGGGAAGCGUCAUGUUCAGCUUUGAGAUAAUUCCAGGUCGGCACGUCCCAGAGGUUAAAGUGUAUUUGCCCAUGUGGCAAUACGCACCAAGUGAUGGCCAUAUAGCCAAAAAUCUGGUAAUGGUUUUUAACAAGCUGGGCUGGAACCAAGCUGCCAAAGACUACACGAGCAGUCUUCGGCGCACGUUUCCAGGCGCUGACCUGGACUCGUCCUCGUCUGUUGUGCACAGCAACGUCUCCUUUGCCUUUUCGGCAAAAACGGGCCCGUACAUGAGUGUCUACUAUGCUGUUAGUGGCAAAGCGACCCGCGGACAUGAAAAGGCGGAUUCUGGAACAGCUUGA